AUGCUACCUUCGAUCUUCCCAGGGAAAUUUGGAAGUCAAAAGGGCAUUUUCGACACUCAAUUCUAUUGGAAUCUUAGAGAGCAUGCCGAAAGUGCCUCAACACUUAGCCCGUUGACGAUGCCGUUCCCAUUUACCAAACUGCCAACCGACCUCCAGCAAGCCGCCCAUGCCCACCUGGGUUUUCUGGAGAAAGCGUCGCUUUUUAAGGCCACAAAGCAGCGGACCAUGGCCCGCCGGAGUACACCAAUUCCAACUUGUCGAAAAAUUCGGCUUAUCAGCAUUACCAUGUUGUCGAAGGGCAAUUUCUUGUUCGUCGCGUGCUACAGCAUCGAGGGACUUAUACAAAUUGAAUGCGAAUGUAGCUGGCCGGGCGUUAUGCAGCUUGGAUUGAAGAUGGCGGGAGUUGGUGAUAUUUUGAUGGAAGCUGGUGAAUCUCGGGCAACAUUCGAAGAACGCGUUUGCCUACAUGAUAUCAAGUAUGGGCGGGCGAUCGAGCUGUUGAAUCGGCUUUUCUACGGUACACGACCACAAGCGAGCAGCGUCAACGUCUCAGACUUUUCGGCGGACCCGGCGAUCUGGCCAAAAGAUUGGCGCGACGAAGUUCGGUGGCCUCCCGGCAGUCUGGAAUUGUUCAAGCGACCAUUUGCCCUGGUUGCGGACGACGCUAGCGAAUCCAAUUUGAAAAGCAAACUGGAUUGGCUUCAAUGGAGUGGCUGCGCAGCGGAGACGGCCGUCAUGAUGAGCUAUAAGAGGCUUAAUGAACGGACACUGGAGUUGCUGUUCGAGUCGUUGCCGACGACACGGCACUUCGUCUUUCACUUGCCUUACGGCGACACCCUCGAUAGCGACGUGGAAUGGACCUUGUGGCUUACGAAAGCGAUUCUGGACCGACCGCCAAAAAAACACCACCAACGCAUCACAGAAGUUCAGUUUCGCCUCCAAAAGCAGUUUGAACAAGCUGAACUGGAGGCAAGUCUUCAAAAAGUGUGCUCAGUGUCAUCGGAAGGCGAUCAUGCCACCGUCAGUGUAUGCAUACGCAGCAACGAAGAACCUUGGACGCUCAAUUUUGGCGCGCAGGCUCGCAGUAUUGUUGGACCCCGGACGACCCUAUCGAUUGGCACAACUAUGUUACUUAUUGGAUCGCCGGCGUCGGCGUGUUCCACCCUCAGCGAGGCCGUCGAGCAACAACAAGAAUGCGGGCAUGCUGAAGUUGAGCACCACCAAGUAGUCGUGCCGAAGAGCGUGUACAAGAACGUCCCAGUUGGUGCGGCGAUUGCGGUCAACGGAAACUGCGCCAAGAGUCGCGGUGCAGAGCAAGACAUGGAAUUGCACGCCGAGCAGCUCAGAAUUUGUGCCACUGAUGAGAAUCCUGACUACGAGCCGAAAUCUGCGGAUACGAUACGCCAAGCGGUGCAUUUGAGGGCCAGACAUCCGGGCUUCGCCGCCAUAAUGCGACUCCGCUCUAGACUGACAAUGUUGACGCAUACGUUUUUCGAGGAAAACGACUACGUGCAUAUCGACACGCCGGUGCUGACGAGCAACGAUUGUGAAGGGGCCGGCGAAACGUUUACGGUGCACGCUAAAAAGCACGACUACUUUGGCGUCAACAAGAAGAUGUUUUUGUCGGUGUCAAGCCAAAUGCACCUGGAAGCGAUGACCAGUGGAAUUCCGCGAGUCUGCACGAUCGGCAGCGCGUUCCGUGCCGACAUCCAGCCUCACAGCCGCACACACCUCGCCGAAUUUCGGAUGUUAGAAGCUGAAAUGGCGUUUUGCGAAACCCUGGCGGAGGUUUGUGAGGUUGUCGAGAAGUACAUGUUGUUCGUCCGCAAGGCCUCGCGGCGCUCAAAAGGCGACGUCCAAUUGAACCGGUCAUUUGUCAAGGAAGAAUCGGAGGAGAAGUUCAGGGAGCAAAACGCCCAGCCGGCCUUGAUAUAUCGUGCUCUACAGGGGAAUCAAACGACGACGGCCGGGUUUGGGAUUUAU